AUGGAAUUCUUACUGUGCGUUGUGAUUACUAUUUUUACGGCUGAUCCCCUACUAACCAUUGCAGAUAACACUUCGAAUAGUGCCAAAUGGGCCUUCUUUGUGUUCUUGAUCGUCAUCGUGAUAUUUCUAUUUGGUUACACUUUCCUGAUCAACGUCAGAAGGAUAAAAAGGGGCGCCAAGCCAGUUAGAGGAACCGCAUGGAUCACUCCCCCUUCCUACCAGCAAUCGCAGAGACACUAUAACGAGCCUGUCGUAAAUCCGGUACCUCCGUAUUCGCAAGAGGCUCGUCCCGAAGAUGCCGGAUACUACGAUCAGUCUGGAGUAUUCCAUGCUAAUCCGAACGUGCAGAAGGAGUACGAGUUGAACGGAGGUGUUACGCAAAACGAGACUGGCACGUCCAAUAUGCCAUAUCCUGAUUCGGCCCACAUCAGAAACGAUUCACAGUCGCACCAGUAUACAAGACCCGCCGGUCCCCCUCCUGGACUUGAGCAAAGGGAUUACACGGCGCCACCGAGAGUUUGA